GUUUGAAGUCCAACUUAGAUAUGGAUUUAACACCAAAGUCAUGGAUGGUUUUAGGACCAUUUCCAACAGGAACACGUGAACAAGAUUUUGGUGCAGAUCCUCUUGAAGCAUAUGGAGGUUUUUCUAAAAUUGAAUAUUCAGAAAAUGAAUCGUAUCCAUCUGAACUUGCAGAUAAUGGUAAAAUCACUUGGUCAAAGAUUAAUACAUCAUCGGAUGGAUCAGUUGGUCCAAUAUAUAUAAAGAAUAUAAGAUGGAAUUUUAAUAGAAUUCCAUUUGGUUGGACGAUUAAUCAAUCUCAAAUGUGGGCAAGAGGUUUUUUCACAAUCUCCAAAGAUGAUAAUGAUGGCUCAUCAAUUUUUAGUAAAAUACCGAUUUUAAUUCAAUGUUAUAAUAUUGGUGACUUCUAUAUAGACGGAGAAAGGUUGUUCGGUGAUUGGUAUGGGUACAAAUCAUCAUGGCAUGUUAUGUAUCUUAAACCUGGCGAGCAUAUAAUAAAUAUUCGUAUUGUCAAUGAAACUCGAAUAUUUGGUGGACGGUUACCUCCAGAUAUAAAAUUUCAAUGUGUUACGAGAAGAUUAAAUAUUUUGUCAGAUUUUGGCGUCAAAUUAUUGGACAAUACUAUUGUUGUUCCUGAUUUAGUUGGCAGUAAUUUAACUGGAGAAUAUAUGAGUGUGGCUAUAUUAAACACUUUGGAACAUUCUUGGGCAAUAAUUAAAAAUGUUUCAGUUGUUGAUAGCAAUGUUAAGAUGACAGCAAUAUUGAUUUCUAGUGAUUUGAAUUCAUUGGAAUCCAAUCCAAUAAUAAACCUUGCUCCAUCACAACAGCGUAAUCUUAAAAUUAGAUUGAAAAUUGAUGAGAUCCAAGAAAAAAAAGCAAUAUCUUUUAGAUUAAAAUUUAUUGUAUCUUCAAAAUCUAGAGGAAAAGUCAAUCAUUGGGUUAAAGUUAGUGAUUUAAUAAUUAUAGAACCCAAGAAUUUUCAAGAAUUUUAUAAAUUCACUUUUGAAGACUUUGAUGGUUCCAUACAAUAUGCAAUGGCUAUGCCACCUAUUUCACCGGUUGAAAAUGCCAAAUGCCCAAUUUUGGUGGCAUUACAUGGUGCAGGUGUAGAAGCUAAUACAAAAUUUUGGUUGAAUGCUUACCCACAGCAAAAAAAUGCUUGGAAUCAAAUUAAAUUAUAUGAUAAACUUUUAGAACAUGAAAUUAGAAUAUAUGAUCCGUUAAUUCUUUGUGGGGAUAAUCCAAUUGCCGUGUAUACAUUACAUGAUGAAUUGAUAUAUGACAUUAUUUAUUUCCCUAUUGUUUCACAGAAAGGUAGUUAUCUUGUUUAUUUAAACCAGGACAUGGAGUUAAAGACUAUUGAAGAUUCAAAGAAAUCAUCGAAACACUUGUCUGAAGCAAAUUUGAGCGAAGAAGAAAAUAAGAAAAUAACAAGAUCAAAAAAACGACAUCGAUCUAUUAAAUAA